AUGACAGGUAAAUGUAAAAUGCAAAAUGACCGUUUGGAAUGCUGUUCUCGGAGCUCCAGAACUGUAUUUCUUGCGUUUUCUGAAGCGAAUUCGCAAACGAAUUACGACCCUAUUGCACAAGUAGUUUGAUUUUACAAAAUAUAACCGGAAUAUAUUCUAUUACAAAAAAGGUUACCAGGAAAUGUUAAAAUUUUAAAGCUGCAUGAAUAUCUGUGCGGAAUGGCAUGCAAAAUGGUUUGCGGAAUAAACACAGUUAAGAAAUUAAUAUCUUAAUUGUUGUAAAGAGAAAUAGUCUACUGGCUAAAUAAGUAAUAUAAGUAAAGGUUAGCGUAGCUGCAUGAUGUAAUAGACCUUUCCCCUCAUGAGUGACAUUUUGAUCUAGAUAAAUCUAGACAAAAAUUUCAUCACAGCUUGAAAGAGCAUCACAAAAUUAGUAAUAUUCCGAAUUAAGUUUCGUUGCGAAAUGUUGUAAAAUGCGGAUAAUAUAGCCUUGCGAAGUUUGCCGUUUUUCAGCAUUUUGCAUUACAAAUGGGAAAUUGAUAAUCAGAUGAUCAAACUGAUUAUCAAUUUCCCAUUUGUAAUACAAGGUAACUGAAAAACGGCAAACUGCACAAGGCUAUUAUCCGCAUUUUACAACAUUUCGCAACGAAACGUCGGAAUAUUACUAAUUUUGUGAUGCUCUUUCAAGCUGUGAUGAAAUUUUUGUCCAGACUUGUCUAGAUCAAAAUUUCACUCAAAAGGGGAAUGGUCUGUUGGUCACUGCAUGAAAAGCCCCAAUAGGGAGUGAACUGUAUAAUGCGUGUAUAUAGGCAUGUAGGUAAUAGCAUUUAAACGCAAAUUUCGAGACAUUCUGCAUGAACUCAAACCCCAGUCCUAACCGCAACCCUAACGCAUAUCGCACUCGUUCAUCAACGUGCCAUUACGCACAGUUAUUCUGCCUUUUACAUUUACCUGUCAUAAGUGGAGCAUAUAUUAGCAUAUAUAUAUUAAGCGUCCGUUAUCGAAGUCUGGUAUAUAUCAAUGACCUUAACAUGUGCAUGCUUAAUGUUAUGUAUGUUUUACUUUUGGAUUUGUUACCAGUUUAAAUUCAUUUUACACCUUUGUCCGUCUUUGUUUUGGUGAAACCACCCCAAUCUAUCUGUGAGAUUAGUGCGGUUAAUUAAUGUCUCGGGAUCAUUCUGGCAUUCCCUUUCAGAUUAUGCUGUGUCGAGCUACUACAGACCAGGCCCGUAACUAGCUACUGAGGCGAGCAAAGAAAAUUAAUUCAAAUGAAUAGAAUUUAUUGAUUAUUGUGUUGAAGGGCAGAAGUAUUGGUUAGCGUCCCAAAUGGUACUACAAACACUUUUUUUUCACUUUGCACCUGAUCAUGUUGGGCCAAGAAUAUUUGUAAUGAGUCAUUGUGCCAUUAGGAAAUAGUGUUUAUAAAAUUAAACAUUUUCUUGAAUAGCAUGACCCCAGGUUUCCCUACGGCGUGCAUGGUUACCGAAAAAAGUAAUUAAGCCAGGAGAACGUUUACACAAGAUCGCUGUUGGUGGGUUCAUAUUGGCUAUAUGCUUUCUGUCAUGAGCUUUUACUUUGAAUGCAAGCCAACAUUAUAUGGUCGAGCGCCGUCACAAAUGGGUACUUGUCAUAAGUGAGUGAACGUAAGAGGUGGAAUGUCCGGGCGGACUAGCAUGAUGAUAAAGCUAGCAUAAAAUGUCUCUGAUAACAUUUCGUGCAGCCGUCUUAAGUUCUGGUGAAUAAUCUUUGCCGAUUCGAGACGCCUUGUCUUCAAAAUAGACAGCCGAGGGCGCCAGUUAAUUCGAACAAAAUAUUAUACGUUUUCAAGAUAUUUAUUGCCAAAUGACCUAAAUUUUCACCUUGGACAUUGGUCAUCUAUAUAUUUAUAUGUGUGUAUAUAUUAUUUGGUCAAAACGGCCGAAGAAUUGGUCAAAAUAACCCAAUUUUUGGUUGUUUUAACCGGUAAGAUAUUGGUCAAAUAAGGCACAUUUCUUCUCAGAACGACCCAUACACCACACACACCAAAAAUCAUAUUUAGACUUAGUUGAAUUUUAAUUUCUUUGUCCCUCUAGAUGCAACAGAAAAGACACUGAACAACUGUUCUUCAAUUUUGGAACGUGGUGCUAGUUUUGCUGACUCGGCGUAUGGUACCGAUGACCCUACCCUGGGUGAUACAAUCUCACUGACAGAUUAUUAUAGUGAUCCGUUCUCUUCCGCUCUGACUCCUGUCAAAGAUUUUGGUGGUAGUCCAAGUAAGAAAACAACAGACCAGCUGCCAAAACGUAUGUAUUUAUAAUCUUUUACCAAGUUCAUUUAUCAAAUUUUGUUGUGUGUCAAAUCUUAUGUAUGUACUAUUUAAAGCAGCUGAUAAAGCACGAUUACAAGUGCGUUAUUGGCGGAGUAAUUUUAGGCAGAGAAAAGUCUAAGCAAAGAAAAUCAAAGCUAAAUUAACAUACUUUUUAUCACAUAUAAAACCACCAACACGUCAGAGAUAUCCUUUGUCUUUUCCUCAUGAACUAUUAAUUUAAGUUGAGUUUACAGUACGUCAUGAUUCGAUCAUUCACCAUUUAAUUAUCAUGUAAUAAGUCAACAUAUCAGUACAGAACAAUAGUGGCUACGAAAACAGUAAACAUUUCAUUCGACGUUUCGACUAGACUUUUAAUCAUUCCUGAUGAUGAUCAAAAUCAUAGAUACCUUAUAUACACUAGAUAGUGCAUCUAAUUGUUCUGUAAUUCAAAAAUUGAAGCCGUGAUUGCAGACUCAGGAUAUUUCCAUGAAAUGAGAAGAUUCGUAUGUUUUCUAUUUCUUAAACAGCUGGGAACUUAAACAUUAAGUUAAUCCUAUUAUAAAUACAUUUUCAAACUAUUCAAAUGAUGAAAGUUAUUGUUGUUUUUUAAGCGUUUAUUAGCGAGUGGGAAACUCCAACAUGGCCGACAUCUAUUCAAAUGGGGGUAACCGCUGGAAUAUUCUUGGCUUCAAUUUUACUAAAAGAGAUGCGCUAUCUAGUUUAUCUAAGAUAUCUAUGACCAAAAUCGGUGGCGAUGCUAGCCAUAGCAACAGGUCAUGCAUGCUAUGCAAAUUUUUAAUGAUUUGCAUUAUUCAAACUGUUAGAAAUGUAUUGUGUUUAUAACCUAUGUAGAUGCAUCUUAUUAGCAUAGCAUGACCAGUUGCCAUGGCUAGAAUCUAGCUUCGCCACUGUCUAAAAGCUAGUCGAAACGUCGCAUAAACACUUUUCAAAAUGUUUAGCGUUUUCGGAGUUACUAUUUGAUUAAAAUACUCAGCGGUUCCCGCAAUUUCCAACAUAAUUCAAUUAAUCUGCCAAUAAUUUAAUAAUCUACUAAUAUAUCAAGGACUCGAUCAAUGAAUUGUUAACUGACUGUAUAGUCAACAUGAGUGUCAAUCCCGGGGGGGCAACUCCCCCUCCCUACCUACUAUUUAGGGCAGAAUGCAGAUACUAUAAUCCUACCAUGUAUAUUAGAUACUGUUUAUGAAGUUUAAUGAAAUUUAAUUCAUGAAAAUUUUAGCUUUUUUCCACCAGAAAUUUGUCAUAUAAUAUUUUCGAUGCUUGUUUGCUUGUGAAGUUCCCAGCUUACAUAAUGCACUAUUUUCUAAGUGUUGUUGGAUCUAGACGAUGAUUUACACCCAGAACAGAAUCAAACAGUGGAGCAUUGUCUAACCCCUCCACUGGAAGACCCGAAUGAAACUGCCGUUACCGAAGACACCCUUGUUUUGGAGUUGGGCCAAAUUUCCUCAUUUGAAGAGGAAACUGAACCCCGAGAGUUGCAAGACAACCUGUCCACAUCACGCCUCGACUUUGAGAAAGAAGAGCACAGCCUUAAACGAUCAUUUGAAGACCAAGAAGAUGUUGUUAUCCUCGAUCCAGUUGAAAUCACCCCAAAGAAAGUCCAAUCCUCCAGAAAAAGACUCAAACGCAAACUUCUUAUCGAUGAUGUGAUAUCCAUCGACCGCGGGGUUAUUUUUGAUAACUUAAGUAACCCAUCACGGCUUCUUAAAUCGCCAGUCGUUGCUGCAAGCACAAAACAACGGAUGAAACAAAAUGAACGUAACCAAUCUCUUUUAUCCAAUAGUUCGUUUCUCGAAUUGUCACCGGCAUUAGAUAAACUUCUUCUCGACUCGAAAUCUCGGAAAUUUUCAACUUCGACUGACGUUUCUGGUGAAACAGUUCAUCUACAGCCAGCAGGUGAACAAAAGCGUGAACUAAGUCAAACGGGUUUUGAAAACAACGAAGACCUGUUUGGUAACGAUUUUGACAUGAACGAUGGCAGCCUUAAACAGGACGAACUUGAUUUGUCUGAGCAGUUUAUCCCGUUACAAGAUGUCGAAUAUUCGUCCGACGAGGAUUGCCUGGAUGGGAACAGGUUCGAAUAUGGCACGAAUGAAUUUGACUUUGAUCCAGAUACUUUAACUACGGAAGAACAGAUGGAAGAAACACUUACAGAUGAGAAUAUUUCCGAAGAUAAGUUUUGUUCCUUUGUCGAAACUACGGUAUUACACUCUCGUCCUGAAGCAGUUAAGUUUCAACACGUUCUUGGCAGUGAUGGUGGUGGAUUGACACGAAAAACGGUCGCGCGAAGAUUCUUAAAAUGUCUGUUGAUGCAAAGAGAUGCAAGACUCUGUUUAGAACAGGAUGGAAGUUUUAAAGAGAUUUUACUUCAUCCUGGACUGAAACAUAUUUCGGAAGAAGCUGUUGGUGAGAUUUAGAAAGAAUUUUAAUAAAAGGUGGAAGACAUGGAGUUUUUAGGGUAUUCGAGAUUUGGCAACGAAUGCUAGACUUUUCCGCCAAAAGUAAGCUCAUAGUAGAAUCAUGGAUAAUAAAAUAAAUGGAUAGGAAACUAGCUGACGUGACCUAAUGUUUUCAAUGGGCUGAUGGCGUGACUGGAUGUUGAAACCUAGUUGCAAACCAAAUUCUCAAAAACGGCAUGUUUAGCAAUAAUACAGCUAAACAUUUUUGUCAAAGAGCAAAUGAAUAUAACUACGCCAUUCUACGAUGAAAUCUCUAAGUAUUCCCAGUCAAUUUUAGCAAAUAUUUCAAGCACUAAACAGUGAAAAAGGCAUCCCAAAUUUCGUUAAAAUUGGGGACGCCAAUUCCGUAGCUACAAAUGUAAAAAAAUACAAAACAAAGACGAAAAACAUUUACCUUGAAUGCUUUGUCGUGGCUUAGGCAUGUUUUUAAAACAAUUAGACCGGUUUAUGCUUUAUUAUUGCUCUUUUAAGGCGGACAAUAUAGCGAAACAACAAAAAUGCAGAGAACUUUGCAAUACGCGUGACGUCACAGAUUACAACUAGGUUGUUUUUGCUUACGUCAGCGAGAGUCCUAUCCAUUUAUUUUAUUAUCCAUGGUAGAAUUAACAUCAUUCAAAUGUUUAACAACAAAAUUGCAUACCAUAGAAAUUUGAUUCAAUGAUUUGAUUAGUUAAUAAAAUCAGCUUUUGUUCAUUGUAUAUGGACCAUUUCUGGGUCCGGUUGUUCAAUCUCGAUUAGUGCUAACCCUGGAUUAAAAUUGAACCUGGUAUUUUAGUUUGUAUAUCUCUGCACGUUUGUUUAUUUCAAAAGUUCAUUAGACAAGCUGUCGAGAAUUUUGCGUGAAAUCAGGGACGAAAUUAGCCCCUUUUAAUUGACCAUUUGCGUAAUAAACUAAAUUUUGAUCUCAACAAGUCUAGACAAAAAUUUCAUCACAGCUUGAAAGAGCAUCACAAAAUUAGUAAUAUUCCAAAGUUUCGUUGCGAAAUGUUGUAAAAUACGGAUAAUUAUAGCCUUGCGAAGUUUACCGUUUUUCAGUCAUUUUCUAUUACAAACGGGAAAUUGGCAGCCCUAAAGGGUAUCGGGCUGUCAAUUUCCCCCCACGUAAUGCAAAAUUACUGAAAAACGGCAAACUUCGCAAGGCUAGAUUAUCCGCAUUUUACAACAUUUCGCAACGAAACUUUGAAAUAUUACUAAUUUUGUGAUGCUCUUUUCAAGCUGUGAUGAAAAUUUUGUCUAGACUUGUUGAGAUCAAAAUUUUGUCUACUACGCAAGUGGUCAAUUAAUUAAGGGGGGUCUGGCAGAAUUGCCCUGCCAAAAUCAAUGAUGCCCUGUAGCUAUGUGUAUAAUUGAACUGCCGAUGCCAAUGUACAUUCAUACGAAAUCUUAGGUUAACGUGGGAUUAAUCUAACCGGCUUUUGAACAACCGGGUCUAGGUGCAUAGUUUUGGUGGAAAAUCUUGCAUUCAUUGUCUGAUCCCCGUAGUACUGCUGCUCAUAAAGACAAAGAACUACGGACGAUGCACCUUCGUUUGUUGAAAAAAGAACAUCAGAUGCACAAGAGAAAAACAUUCAUAGACUCGAGAAUUUUAUACAUUUAUACUCACAGAUACAUCAUGUGUUUUGUGCCUUUACACCAGAAUUCAGAAAUUGAUUGCUUCCUGGCCACUGCGAGGCAUCCUAGACCCAGGCCUUCAAUACGAAUCAUAUUUUAGCAACUUCAGCGCUUGGCUUGCUGGCUAUUUUACCAUCACGGCAUAAUUAGCUACUGAUAAACUCCAACUAUUUAAUAUGUCCGCUUUAAUUUGGCCAAGUGCGGGUGUGACGUCACCAGCAAUCUCAACGCCCAAAAAUGGCUGGAUUCUGUUUGUGAAGGCACAAAAACCUUGAUAACGGCACAAACUGGUUGUAAAUAUUUUACAGUUUUUAUUUAAAUAUUCAUGUUACGUUCGCAAUGCAGAAAGAACUGCUAAAUCAUAUUGUUUGUUCGGUUUGCUUCUCGUUGUAUAUUUUGCAUAAUUCGCGCCUGAGUAACC